AUGAUGAUUUUCCCAUCGCCAGGUUGCGAGGAAGCGAGGGUGAUCAACCUUCAGAUAGUCCCAAGUGAAGUGUAUGGUGAAACAGUCGAAGUAGGUGAGCGGUUGUCAAUGAGGACGCCAGUAGUGGCGACGACAGUAUCUGAAGUGAGCGAGCUGUCGGAAGUUGGAGAUAAAACAACGGACGUCCCGAUAGUGUCGAAGAUGGUUUUCCUGGAGUUAAUGGAGGACAUUCCAAAAGUGGAACUCGAGGAUGAUGUCUUUUCGGACUUGCCAAUUACCGAAGAAUUGGACCUCGAACCCGCAGUCUAUGUUCAUGAAGGGAGCGAAACAUUAUCACAACUCAGGGAACAGCUCGCAUUGCUUCCGGACAUCGAAGAAUUAUCCCCGAAGUGUGAUAUCGAUUCGGCCGACGUUGGUGAACCUAGCAUGAGCACUCCAGAAGACGAGCGAAGAUUGCGAGGGAUUCUGAAAUAUCAUCGAGCCAUCUUUCUGGGAGAUGGGAAUGCGGUUCCAGCUCCGGCGCGAGGUGUCACCUGUGAUUUGGAUGUUGGAGAAGCGAACCCUGUCGCUCAACGCCCCCGAUCUGUGGCACCACAUUUAUCGAUCAAAGUGUAUGAACUGCUGAAGAAGCUUCUGGAGACCCGGCUCAUCGAACAUUCAGAAUCACCGUGGGCAUCACCUACUGUGAUUGGCCUCAAGAAAAAUGGCGUGGACAUUCGAAUGUGUGUCGACUACCGAAUUGUCAAUAGAUUCAUCACUUUGUCCAAUUACCCAUUGCCGCUAAUAGACGACCUGCUGGUUGGGUUCGAGGAUGUC